UCAUACAGCGAUGAAUUGCAACGCGUCGAAAAACGGGUUAACAGUACUCUGUCGCUUUUCCAAAUUAAGAAGUUACUUUCGCUUGAAGAAACCUGCGCAAAGAUGUCCACAUCUUUACAGCACAUCGUUGAACUGCUGCUUAUGAACCGCUCCGAGGCUACUCCGAAGCCUGAAGAACCACUGGUAGAUAUCGUGCGGAGAAGUCAUAUCACUCUCUGCGAAGAGAUCAUCAAUGGUCCAGGGUAUAGCCUUCAAAAAGCAGAACUGCGUGGAAAGACUGUUGCCAUCAAAGUGUUCACAGGCUGUAAAGCGAAAUCGACCUGGGAAGCAUCAAAUAUGUUUGACUUAAAAGUUAUGCAUCCCAACCUACCCCACCUUAUCGGAGCUUCAAGUUCUGAUGAGCGGGGGGCACUAUUCUCGGUAUACGAUCUCGGUGAUAUAAUUACCUCCUGCUGGAGUGAACGCUCAAUUUACAGAAUACACAGAUAUUAAGUUCCGGCUUGUAGAUGUCAUCCCGUCAUGGUCGGCGAUCAAUUCCGAUAUUAUUCUGUAUCCUUUGCUCGACAAAAUGG